AUGGCCUGGUUGGGUUACGUGAGGAAAUUGAAAAAUCAGCAUGAGAGUGUUGAGAGGGGGGGGGGCGCUGUAAAUGUUAGCGACUCAAGGGGCCCCUGGCCAGCCGGCCUGAGGCUCAGUGGCUCCACCAACCUCAAUCCAAAGCCAUACAUCAAACUCGGUCGUUUUUCUUCCCUCGCCCUUAUCGGACUCUUUCAGAGAGAGAGCCCUCGGGGCGGAAAAAUCUUACAGGGAAAAAAAAUUGUAACCCUACUACAAGCCAUCAAAUACAGAUGUUCAGCCAAGAUAGGAUCAAUAUUCAGACGCCAAGAAAGAAAGAAAGUUCUGACAUGGAACAUCGUUCCCAUGCGCCACAUUCCGCAGGCACACCAUCGUCGGAUCUUUUUGCACAUCGAGGAAGAACUUGGUGCAACUCCCGGCUUUCUCUCUCUCUCUCUCGCUCACUUACACGUGCAUUAGCCUACUUCUGAAAUCACGGCUAUGAGGUGGUGGGUACCAUCACCUUCAAAACCAUCUCCUUUAUGGAGCUUCCUCCCUCAGGGGCCAAAUUACUCCUUGAUGGCGUAAUAUAAAAGAAAAUCGCCUUCUCAACGCUAACCGACGAGGCUGAAGUGGUUAGGGUAUUAACAAUAAUGUGAUCAUCUCCAAAAGGAAUAAGAAUAUACAUUAUAUUAAAAUGUUAAAAUUUAAAAAUAUACACA